AUUGACAUGCAUUAAAGAGUAAUCCAUCUGACAUUGACAAAAAACAUGCGGAUCAAUUCGGUCAGGGUCACCCAAGAUUAUUUCGACAGUAAAACUGUUAAAUGAAAGGCUUCAGGCCGCCUAGUGCUUCCUCGAGCAAUAUAAAGUCAACAUCAUAUCAAUUAUAAUCCAUUCCCUUCUUCAUUAUCAUCCACACCCUCGUUUUCAUUUUCAUCACUCAACAAAAUCGUAAAGUAUAAUUUACUUUUUUCCGUGAAGAUGAUGAUGAUAACUGAAGACGUAGUUUCCUUCCAAAAAGGGUUGAUGGACUGGCUGACGGAAGAAAGUGAAUAUUUGAUGCAGCGUCUGGACCGCUGGACAACUAUCGCGCGUGGGUACAAUCGUUUGUAUCCUCAGAGAUUAUCCCGGGGGUGUAUGACGAUGCAGAAGGAGCCGGAUGAAGAAUCUUGGCGGCAUUCUCCAAGCUUUAAGAUUCUUACAUCUUCUUCUUCUUCUUCAUCAAGACGAAUCACGCGGCCAGCCGACGAGGUAAGGAAGAUCAAUUGUUGUGGGACUUUUAAUUACCAAUCCAACAGCCGCGUUGAUAAUUCCUGUCUAGAAGAGUAUCGGUAUGACCACAGUAUCUAUUUUAAGACAAUUGGGGACAUUAAGAGCAGCAAGACUUUCAAAGAAACUCAAAUUAAUGAAGAACAAGAACAAGUGCAAGAAGAAAUUUCUGAUUUUGAAGAAAACUCAGAUCCUUCCAACGCAAUGGAUAAGCCUGGGAAUAUUUGUGACUGUCCGAGUCCAACGGACGAAGAAAUGUCUGACGAAAUAACUUGGUUCGAUAAAAACUCCAGUGAAGCUAUCACUCAGGAGUUUACUAGAAGUUGUUCCAUAGCGCAAAUUGAUGAUCUAAAUGAUUGUAUUAAUAAUAAUGAUUCUCGGUGGAACAAUUUUAAUGGAUCGAGUUUGCAAAAUUUGGAAAUGGAAAGCCAGGUUGAUUCUGUGGAGCUUGAGAAUAAGAAUUUGGAUAAUGAAGCUAACGUUGUUCCGAAUUGGAGGAAAUCCAGUCGGAGGAUGAAAGCUGUCAAGCCGAAAGUACUUGAGGAUAAUAAUGUUUCCUGGAAUGGUGUGCUGUUUAGUUACAACGUCGAUCCGGCUUUAGCUUCUUCGCAUCAUUGUGUUUUGAAUGUUAAAUGAAAAUGUUAAAUUUUUGUUAUUGGGAAAUUCAAUGGUUUUAAUUUUUUAUUGUAGAUUGAAGGGUGUGGAAAAUUUUCUCUAUGGCAAUACAGUCUACAGGCAAUAGUAAAGAAGAAAUAUGGAAUACUUAUUUGUAAAUUUUUUAUCAUUUUUAAUAAAACAAGGUGGAAGUUAGAAGAUAAGUUUAGUUUUUAAUUUAAGAUAUUUUUGUUUUUUCGUAUACCUUUUGAUUUAUCCGACAAUUUUUUUCUUCUUCUUUUUUGAGAUAUUUAGAAAAAAAUGAGCUGAAUUUGAUUUUUUUUUAAGAGAGUUUUUUGGAGGCUUGUUUUGAAGUUAUGUAAAAAUUUAUGAAGGUGCUAAAAUAAAUAAUAUAAUUCAA